CAAAACAAUACGAUGACGAUGAUGGUGAUUUGGUUUUGCUUGUUCAUGAGCCUCAUCACCAAAGGCGAUUCUGCUUCUGCUCUGCGAUAUUAUUGCCAAAAUUCAACUUCAUACACUCCUAACAGCACCUAUAAAGCCAACCUUGAUACUCUUCUCUCUAACCUUUUCUCCAAUGGCACCCGAAACAAUAAUGGUUACUACCAAACCACAGUUGGCGGUGGCGCUUCAAACGACACCGUUUACGGGUUAUUCCUGUGCCGGGGCGACGCGUCCCCGGAGGUUUGCGGCGGCUGCGUUGGAGAUGCCCGUGAAAGGAUAUUGGAGCUUUGCAGCGAUGGAAAGACGGCCAUGAUUUGGUACGAUAAUUGCAUUUUGCGGUACUCGGAGGAGUCGAUGUUGGGGAUAUUGGACCAGUCGACCUGGUUUACGAUGAGGAACAGGGACAACGAUACUCAACCAAAUGGGUACAUGCAGUUGGUGGGGAACGUGUUGGAUCAGAUAACCACACAGGCGUCAAGUGGUGCUGGCAAGAAAUUUGCAGUGUUGGAAGCUAAUUUUAGCGUCUUUGAGAGGGUUUACGCUCUUGGACAGUGUACCCCUUACCUUUCUAACUCAGACUGUCAGAUAUGCUUCAGAAAUGCUAUUGCAAUGCUGCCUCGUUGCUGUUAUGGAGCCGUGGGUGCUAGAGCUGUGUACCCAAGCUGUAACGUUAGGUAUGAGCUCUACCCUUUCUACAAUCUCUCCGCCGUGGCACCACCGGCGCCGCCUCCUACCAAUCCUCCUCCUCCACCACCAACUAUGCUUCCCAAUUCCGCUAGCAGCAAAGGGAAUAAAGGAAAAGUAGUGAUUAUUAUUGCAGCCUCUAUAGCGCCACUCACUGGGAUAUUACUCUUUGUUUUAUGCUUCUGUUUCUUGAAAAAGAGAAGAGCAAACAAGGACCUUUCUCAUGUGAAGGAGACAACUAAUGACAUGAGUGAAAUUUCAAUAGAGGAGUCGGUACAGUUCGAAUUUAGUACUAUUGAAGCUAUCACAAAUUGCUUCUCCCCUAAUAAUAAGAUUGGAGAAGGUGGAUAUGGUGCUGUUUAUAAGGGAAGGCUUCCCACUGGGCAAGAGGUAGCAGUGAAGAGACUGUCAAAGAGUUCAUCACAAGGAGUUGAAGAAUUCAAGAAUGAGGUUUCAUUGGUGGCCAAGCUUCAGCAUAGGAAUUUAGUAAGGGUGUUGGGGUUUUGCUUGGAAGGAGAAGAAAAGAUACUCAUCUAUGAAUUUGUUCCCAACAAAAGCCUUGACUACUUUUUGUUUGAUCCAGAGAAGAAAAAACUAUUGAAUUGGUCUACUCGUUACAAAAUCAUAGGAGGAAUUGCUCGUGGACUCCUUUAUCUUCACGAAGAUUCACGUCUUAGAAUUAUACAUCGUGAUUUGAAAGCAAGCAACGUAUUAUUAGAUGGAGAUAUGAACUCAAAAAUAUCCGACUUUGGCCUGGCAAGAAUUGUUAUGGUAGAUCAAACCCAAGCAAAUACAAAUAGAGUUAUCGGAACAUAUGGUUACAUGCCUCCAGAAUAUGCUUUGUAUGGUUUGUUCUCUGUGAAGUCUGAUGUCUUCAGUUUUGGAGUUCUACUCUUGGAAAUUAUAACCGGAAAGAAAAACAAUUCUUUGUCCAUGCAAUCAAGUGCAGAGUUUGGAGCACAAGAUCUCCUUAGCUAUGCUUGGAAACAUUGGAGGGACGACAGAGCAUUAGAGGUUGUGGAUCAAAGUCUUGGAGGAUUGUAUUCGAGAAAUGAAGUGAUCCAAUGUAUCCGUGUUGGGCUGCUGUGUGUCCAAGAAGAGGUGGAAGAUAGGCCAACAAUGGCAAAUGUUGUGCUGAUGCUGAAUAGUCAUUCUGCUACUUGGAGAUCACCUAAUCAACCUGCGUUUUUCAAUGGUGGAAGGGAGAUGAAUUUGGGAGGACAAGAGGGUGAUCUGUCCGCAAGUAAGUCGCUGCCAUUGUCUGUUAAUGAAGCUUCCAUUUCAGAGCUGGAUCCAAGAUAGUUAGGCAGGAUUAAUUAUAAUUCUUGAAAGAUAUUGUACACCGAAAUAGGCACUAAUGUCAUUGUCAAUGUCAAAGUCUUCCUAAUUAUUAAGCAAGUGGGAUUAUAUUAUCAUUUACGUGACCAAGUCUUGUGACUUUCGGUCGACAAAACGAAUCUUUAGACUUUAGGAAAGAGAAAGGAGUGAGAAUAAUAUAAACAAAUCAUUGCAGUCAACAGUUGACUCCACUGUGACUCGAUUUUCUCAACCUA